GACUCCCUUCAUCUUGCGAAUAGUCAGGAGGGAAAUGCUUAGCAGCGGACAAAACUUCAACAAACAACUUCUAAGAUCUCUUUUUAAAUGUUAAAUAUCGUGUUUUCUUUCCAUUAUAUACCGUAUCAUUUCAUUUUGGACUUUAUUUGAAGCCAGAGGAGGUAUUAGAAUCCUCAAGCAGAGUUGUCGUCUCGAGGUUUCUUCAUUCAAACGCGAAAACAAUGGAGUUCAUUGGUACUAACCUUAAUACAUUGACUGAUAUCUUACCAUUUAACGAUGGAAGUCGGCCUGUACUUCGUCGAUGUACUUGGAUAGCUGUCACGUUCGUCUCAUAUGUGAUUGGCUUUAAUCUGCUCAGCAAAUUUGCCAAGGCACAAUUGAUUCAUGAGGCUGUUCCCAAAAUAAAUCAGCACAGACUGAAAAUUGCUCUCUGGCGCAUUGUAUUUGCAUUGUGGGCCAUCGUGCUUUACUUAGCUAGUGUUUGGGAUUCAAAUGAAGGAAAUCUCCUCCAUCUUAUUUUACAAGCUGCAGCUCCUAAAUGCAAUACCACAUCUCUUCAUGUAUCAAAACAAAACAUGUACUCAGAAAUGGCACUGUUCACUGCCCCAGUGUCAUUUUUCUUACAUCAAAUAUAUAUUUCCAUCUCAAGUUUUACUGAACCAGCUGUCACUACAAUGGGAGGUCUUUCCCUCUUUGUAUUUUUGUGUAAUUUUAUAGACUGCCAGAAGUUUUGUCUUCAAGUUUUGUUCCUACUUGGUCUCAAUGUGGGUACCCUGGAGGUAGCCCGAACUAUAUAUGCUUUAAGAUCAAGAUGCAGAGGGUUUAAUGGACCUCCACCUUCUGUUUUCCUUCGAUGCAUGGGUCUUCCUGUUUUUAUUGUUCACCUGCUUGCAUGGAUGCUAAUUAACUUUUAUUUGUUUCCAAAGAUGUAUUUUUCACUUCCUUCAGCCACUGAAAUUGAACCAUCUGCCCGAAUAGGGACUGUGUAUAUUAAUCUGUUUUUAAUCAUUUUUGCCAAAAUUCAAUUUUUUGAUUCGCCGGCUUGGUCCCUGGUUAAACUUGUGGUGAGAAAACCAUCUGCAUUAGGAAGAGUUAGUGGCUUGAAGUCUCUUCCCAUGAUUGUUCUCUUGCCUUAUUCAAGCUCAGUUUUGCCAGAGCUAAAAGCCAUACAAUUACAGUUCCUAAUGAAUGCACUACCUACAAGUGCUGAACGAAGAAUCAUUCGUAAGAAAAUCAUGUCUGGGGACAAUCAAACCAGUGCUCCUAUAAGUGAAGAGAAAGCAAAUUUGCUUAGUUUCAUAAAGUGUGUAAAAAUCUUGAAGAGAAAAAUGCGUUACAGAUAUGAACAGAAGACUGCGAAUGAAGCUGAAAAUAUGAGCCAAGAAGAAAAUGAGCUUAUUGAGGAGGAUUUGGAUGAGAACACAGCAGGUUCUUCUCAAAGUCAAGAUGUGACUGAUAUCUUUUUCUCUGUCCCAUCAGUGCCAGAGGAAGUGAGUGGUGAAAGCCAGGAAACAAGCACUACUGACCUGGGAACAAGUGCAGAUGGUGACGCAUCUCCCACACACAGUGAGACUGGAUCUUCUAAGGGAACCAGUCAAGCUGAAGCCACACCCCACAAGCAAAAUGAUGAAGAGAAACAGAGAAGGCUGUCUGAAUUGGACGAAGAAUCACAAGACUGAAAUCAAAAGAUACCACUUUAAUUUUAAGCUAUUGAAUUAUAUACUUAGGUGUUAAAUUAAAUUGAUCUUAUGAAUUUUGGA